AUGGAGUCAGCAGUAGCAGGUGCCCCUGUUGUAGGGGUCGAGGAGCGCGUCUGGGAGCAUACGGCGAUGCUCCACCAUCUCGGCGCCGUCAUGGACCGCGUCGUCCAGACAACGGACCGCUGGGAGAGACAGGGAGUCCCUCCAGCGCCCUGCCCAGCACAACAGGGGUCUCCACUACUCGCCUCUCCUGCACCCGGUCCCAGUGGGAUUCGUCUCGCCCUUCCCGGGGAGUUUGAUGGGACGGCGGAAUGCUGCCAGGGGUUCCUGCUGCAGCUGAAACUGUAUCUGGUGACCGUCUACCCGGCUCCUUCGGGACAUCCUCCCAGUGAGCCAGUGGUAAAUGGCUCCCUGACCAUUUUGGAAGGUUCCUCCAUCUCCCUGCAAUGUAGCACCAAAGGCAAUCCCGCACCCACCCUCACCUGGGUGAAGGACGGGGAGCUGGUGGGCACCAUCACGGCCGAGGAGGUGUCUGUGCUGGAGCUUCUGGAGCUCACCCCUCAGGGAGACGGACAGUACCGCUGCCUGGCAGAGAACGAACACGGACGAGCCAGCAGCUCCCUCAACAUCACUGUGGAAUAUCCUCCCAGUGAGCCAGUGGUAAAUGGCUCCCUGACCAUUUUGGAAGGUUCCUCCAUCUCCCUGCAAUGUAGCACCAAAGGCAAUCCCGCACCCACCCUCACCUGGGUGAAGGACGGGGAGCUGGUGGGCACCAUCACGGCCGAGGAGGUGUCUGUGCUGGAGCUUCUGGAGCUCACCCCUCAGGGAGACGGACAGUACCGCUGCCUGGCAGAGAACGAACACGGACGAGCCAGCAGCUCCCUCAACAUCACUGUGGAAUAUGCCCCUGUCCUUCUGGAAGAGUCCAAGUGCACGGUAGUGAGGGAGGGAGUCCAGUGUGUUUGCAUGGCUACGGGUAACCCUGAGCCCAUCAUCGAGUUCUACCUCCCCGACAAGAACAUCACCAUCAACGACACGGACGGCCGCUACAACUACUACACGCACACGGACGGCCACACGUCCACGGGCAUGAUAAAACUACGGGAGAAGGGUGAGCGCUUGGGCAACGGUGCUGUCAAUGUGCACUGCAGCAUUAGCAACAUAUACGGGUCGGAGAGCUUUCAUCUGGAGUUACAGCAGGAGAAGAAGUACAUGAUGGCAGUGAUCGUUGGCACCAUCGGUGGAGUGGCUGUCAUCGCCUUCAUCAUCGCAGCAGUGAGAUAUGUGGGCCAUAACAACAAGAAAGAGAAUGGCAACCCUGGGCAGGACCUGGUCUCUAAACUGGAGAACCCAGCGCUGUACUACAGCACAGUCAAGAAGGACAAACAAUGUCUGAGGAAGAAAGUGCUUAAGACAGAGCUUCUGGGCUCAAAGUUUAACUCCAUUCUAGAGGAGAGCACGGGAGAAGACGGGGAUUAUCAACCUGUGGGCUCUAUGGCAGACCUGGAGAGGCAAGAGCUGAACUACGCCGCCCUGCAGUUUCUGGGGGGGCGCUCCAGGGAUGGGGGGGCCUCAGGGAGGGGGGAUGACGGCAGCGACUACACCGAGAUCAAGGCCAAAUGAAUCGCGAUCCUUCCCUGACCCAUCGUCACCGCGGGACACAGUGGCAGCCAUGUUGUUGCCCCCCUCCUCACGUCAUUCGCCCCCUCU